GUCCACCCGUGCAGCCUUCAAGCACGGCCGCAGGCCCUACAAAAUCAUCGUCGACGGAUCUCACAGCCACUCUUCUCUCGGUUGGCACGGCGAGCAGCGCAGCCGUGGCGCUGCCUACCGCUGGCAUUGCACACAGCACCCAGGAACCAACAGUCGGCUCCACAGUCCCUAUAACAGCAGCAGCAACAGCAGCAGCAACAGGAGCAGCAACAGAAGCAACAACAUCAACAGCAGCAGCAACAGCAAUAAGAACAGCAGCAACAGGAACAGCAACAGAAGCAACAGCAACAUCAACAGCAGCAGCGACAGCAACAACAGCAACAGUAACAACAGGAGCAGCAACAGAAGCAACAACAUCAACAGCAGCGACAGCAGCAACAACAACAGCAGCAACAGCAGCAGCAACAGCAGCAGCAACGGGAGUAGCAACAGAAGCAACAGCAGCAACAGCAGCAGCAACAGCAGCAACAACAGCAGCAACAGCAGCAGCAACAGGAACAGCAACAGAAGCAACAGCAACAACAACAGCAGCAGCAACAACAACAGCAGCAACAGCAGCAACAGCAGCAACAGUAACAGCAGGAGCAACAACAACAGCAGCAACAGCAGCAACAGCAGCAACAACAGCAGCAACGAGAGUAGCAACAGAAGCAACAGCAGCAACAGCAGCAGCAACAGCAGCAACAACAGCAACAACAGCAGCAGCAACAGCAGCAACAACAGCAGCAACAGCAGCAGCAACAGCAGCAACAACAGCAGCAGCAACAGCAGCAACGGGAGUAGCAACAGAAGCAACAGCAGCAACAGCAGCAACAACAGCAGCAACGGGAGUAGCAACAGAAGCAACAGAAGCAACAGCAGCAACAGCAGCAACAACAGCAGCAACAGCAGCAGCAACAGCAGCAACAACAGCAGCAGCAACAGCAGCAACGGGAGUAGCAACAGAAGCAACAGCAACAGCAGCAACAACAGCAGCAACGGGAGUAGCAACAGAAGCAACAUCAGCAACAGCAACAGCAGCAGCAACAGCAGCAUCAACAGCAGCAGCAACAGCAGCAACGGGAGUAGCAACAGAAGCAACUGCAGCAACAGCAACAGCAGCAACAACAGCAGCAACGGGAGUAGCAACAGAAGCAACAGCAGCAACAGCAGCAGCAACAGCAGCAACAACAGCAGCAGCAACAGCAGCAACAGCAACAACAAGCGUCCCGGGCGGCUCCACAGGCUCACUGGUCGAGGACUCCACAUGGAGCCCUUUCCCAUCGUCGUCAGCACCAGAGAUCUUCGUCAGCACCUCGUCCGUGCCGUCUGCCGACCGGACGGAGUCUACGGCCACUUCUCACGACACCAUCAAUGGAAGUACAAGCGUUGCUCCCCCUGCCACCACCACCACCACCACGUGCAUCCCGCAGCAACCCAUGACUCCAGUGCCAGAUGCGCGUCUCGGCUGCAGCUUUGACGACGCGGCGCUCCCGCUGUGCGGCUGGACUCAGUCGGAUGAUGAUGAUGGAGACUGGAUUAGGAACUCGGGAGCAACCCCCAACCCCAACACCGGCCCACCUGGGGACCACACCACCGGCUCCUCCUUCUACCUCUACCUGGACUCUGCGUCCGUGGGAGCUGGGGGAGGAGUGAGGCUCCUGAGCCCCAGCAUCAACACCAACCAGAACGUGUGCCUGAGCUUCUGGUACCACAUGUACGGCGAUGAACUUAUGACCCUGAACGUGCACGUGCUGGAGGACGGCGGAGAGAGACGCGUGUGGCGCGCGGAGGGGCAGCAGAGCAGCGCCUGGCUGCAGGGAACCGUCACCAUUCAAGCCAGGCCAGAAACCCAGGUCACCAUCGAGGGCGUUCGAGGACAGAGCAGGAUGAGUGACGUAGCGCUGGAUGACAUCGUCGUCGUGAUGGGGAAAUGCCCAGAGUGUGUGAGCGGAUGUGACUUCGAUGAGAUGGGGGACUUCUGCGGCUGGGCGAACAGCGGAGGGGACUUUGGCUGGGAGCAAUGGAACGGUCCCACAGACACUGAGAACACUGGCCCUGACGAUGACUUCACUCGGCCUGGCUUGGGGAGUUACCUGCUGCUGGACUCUGAGUUCAACGACCCUGGAGCGACGCUGCUGCUGGAGAGUCCGGCUCUCCCCUCCUCUGGGUGCCUCGUCCUGAGCUUCCACUACUUCCUGUAUGGGUCAGCAGAGAACAUGGCCAUCAACGUUUACAUCAAGGAGGCAGGCUCCAGCCGGCAGCUCGCGUGGUCCCUGCAGGGGAACCAGGGAGCGAGCUGGAUGCUGGCGCGGGUCGAAUUCUCUGGCAGAGGAGCUGUGCAGUUCGCCAUUGAAGGAGUUCGGGGUGAAACAGGCGAGAGCGACGUUGCUCUGGACGGUCUGUGUGUCACCGAGCAGGGCUGUGCGCCAGUCUGUGAACCCCCGACUACAAGUGGAAGUUCAGGCCAGGUUCCACACCGCCGACGACGACCUCUACUCAACCGCCCGUCGCGACGCCUGCCGCAGAAUCCACGGCGAGCAGCGCAGCCGUGGCGCUGCCGACCGCUGGCACUGCACAGAGCACCCAGGAUGCAACAGUCGGUUCCACGGUCCCUAUCACAGCAGCAACAACAACAGCAGCAACAGCAGCAGCAACAGGAGCAGCAACAGGAGCAGCAACAGAAGCAACAGCAACAACAUCAACAGCAACAACAACAGCAACAGCAACAACAGCAGCAGCAGCAACAGCAGCAACAGCAGCAACAGGAGCAGCAACAGGAGCAGCAACAGAAGCAACAGCAACAACAUCAACAGCAACAACAACAGCAACAACAACAACAACAGCAGCAACAGCAGCAACAGCAACAGCAGCAACAGCAGCAGCAACAGGAGCAGCAACAGAAGCAACAGCAACAGCAACAACAACAGCAACAACAACAACAGCAACAACAGCAGCAGCAGCAACAGCAACAACAGCAGCAACAGCAGCAACAGCAGCAGCAACAGGAGCAGCAACAGAAGCAACAGCAACAACAUCAACAGCAGCAGCAACAGCAGCAACAACAACAGCAACAACAUCAACAACAACAGCAACAACAGCAGCAACAGCAGCAACAACAACAGCAACAACACGCGUCCCGGGCGGCUCCACAGUCCACGGCCACUUCUCACGACACCACCAAAGAGAGCACAGCGGUGAACACCACCACAACAACGACCACCACAACAACGACCACCACCACCGUGCCCACGCCCUCCGCCAGCACCGCGUGCAUCCCGCAGACACCUGCAGCUCCCGAGCCAGAUGUGCGUCUCAGCUGCAGCUUUGACGAUGCGGCACUCCCGCUGUGCGGCUGGACUCAGUCGGGCGAUGACGCCGGAGACUGGAUCAGGAACUCGGGAGCAACCCCCAACCCCAACACCGGUCCACCUGGGGACCACACCACCGGAUCCUCCUUCUACCUCUACCUGGACUCUGCGUCUGUGGGAGCUUGGGGAGGAGUGAGGCUCCUGAGCCCCAGCAUCAACACCAACCAGAACGUGUGCCUGAGCUUCUGGUACCACAUGUACGGCGAUGAACUUAUGACCCUGAACGUGCACGUGCUGGAGGACGGCGUAGAGAGACGCGUGUGGCGCGCGGAGGGGCAGCAGAGCAGCGCCUGGCUGCAGGGAACUGUCACCAUUCAGGCCAGGCCAGACACCCAGGUGAUCAUCGAGGGCAUUCGAGGAAUCACCGCGAUGAGCGACGUGGCGCUGGAUGACAUCACAGUGGUGCUGGGAAGGUGUCCAGAGUGUGUGAGCGGAUGUGACUUCGAUGAGAUGGGUGACUUCUGCGGCUGGGCGAACAGCGGAGGGGACUUUGGCUGGGAGCAUUGGAACGGUCCCACAAACACUGAGAACACUGGCCCUGAUGAUGACUUCUCACGGCCUGGAUUUGGGAGUUACCUGCUGCUGGACUCUGAGGUCAACGACCCUGGAACGGCGCUGCUGCUGGAGAGUCCGGCUCUCCCCUCCUCUGGGUGCCUCGUCCUGAGCUUCCACUACUUCCUGUAUGGGUCAGCAGAGAACAUGGCCAUCAACGUUUACAUCAAGGAGGGUGGCUCCUUGGGGGAUCCCAUUUGGUCCGCCCGCGGCAACCACGGGCGGUGGUGGCUUCCAGUUCGGCUCCUCGCUCUCCGCCAAGGGCCGCUCCAGUUUGCCAUCGAAGGAAUACGUGGAGAAACCGCGCAGAGCGACGUUGCCCUGGACAGCGUUUGCAUCUCAGCCUGCGACCUCUCAGAUUGCUACACGAGCCCAUCGACAGUGACAGCCCCUCCGUCAACAACCCUCACAGGGACGCCGGCCGAUCUGGCAAGCACCUUCACCCAACAAGCUAACACGGACGACUCUGCGGACACGGCGCACACAAACCAACUCUCGACAUCGGCCGCCACGCAAGCUGUGCACGAACCGACAGGCGGCUCAACGCCAGGGCCUACAGAAGUGGUCACAGCGCCGGUCUUCAGCACGACAGGCAUGCCAGGGGUGACGGAUCACUCGGUGUCGGAUUACACCACAACGGACGUGCCUCGGACCGUGACCACAACAGGUUUUGAAUCUUCUCCAAUGGUAACCGACAUAUGGAUGUCGGAUCUCACAGAUGAUCCACUGGUAGACAGCACAACAGACCUAGAUUUUCCCACAGAAUACACAGAUUACCCAAUACCAGAUUCUACCGAUUCCACAGAGGAGGCUCCUGUAGACAGCACUACAGACUUCGAUUUUCCCACAGAAUACACAGAUGACCCAAUACCAGAUUCUACCGAUUCCACAGAAGAGGCUUCUGUAGACAGCACUACAGACUUCGAUUUUCCUACAGAAUACACAAAUGGCCCAAUACCAUAUUCUACCGAUUCCACAGAAGAGGGUCCUGUAGACAGCACUACAGACUUUGAUUUUCCCACAAAAUAUACAGAUGCGCCAAACCCAGAGUCUACCUAUCCUACAGAGGAACCUCCUGUCGUCAGCACUACCGACCUUGACUUUUCCACAAAAUAUACAGAUGCGCCAAACCCAGAGUCUACAUAUCCCACAGGGGAACCUCCUAUCGUCAGCACUACCGACCUUGACUUUUCCACAAAAUAUACAGAUGCGCCAAACCCAGAGUCUACAUAUCCCACAGGGGAACCUCCUAUCGUCAGCACUACCGACCUUGACUUUUCCACAAAAUAUACAGAUGCGCCAAACCCAGAGUCUACAUAUCCCACAGGGGAACCUCCUGUCGUCAGCACUACCGACCUUGACUUUUCCACAAAAUAUACAGAUUCGCCAAACCCAGAGUCUACAUAUCCCACACGGGAACCUCCUAUCGUCAGCACUACCGACCUUGACUUUUCCACAAAAUAUACAGAUGCGCCAAACCCAGAGUCUACAUAUCCCACAGGGGAACCUCCUAUCGUCAGCACUACCGACCUUGACUUUUCCACAAAAUAUACAGAUGCGCCAAACCCAGAGUCUACAUAUCCCACAGGGGAACCUCCUAUCGUCAGCACUACCGACCUUGACUUUUCCACAAAAUAUACAGAUGCGCCAAACCCAGAGUCUACAUAUCCCACAGAGGAACCUCCUGUCGUCAGCACUACCGACCUUUACUUUUCCACAAAAUAUACAGAUGCGCCAAACCCAGAGUCUACAUAUCCCACAGAGGAACCUCCUGUCGUCAGCACUACCGACCUUGACUUUACCACAAAAUAUACAGAAGCGCCAAACCCAGAGUCUACAUAUCCCACAGAGCAGCCUCCUGUCGUCAGCACUACGGACAUUAACACGGAAGUCUCGGGCAUGUUCACGACGGUUGAGCCACCAGCUGAGAGCACAGCAGCUGCCAGCUCCUCGACAGCACGGGCCUCGCCUGCGACUGCCGGAACGCCAGCGUUGUCGUCUGGAGCAGCCACACGAGACCGUGCAGUUUGCCACGUGGCCGGAGAUCCGCACUACGUGACCUUCGACUCCCGGCUCAUCAGCUACAUGGGCACGUGCACGUACACGCUGGUGGUCGUGUGCAACGACACCGGAGUGACCAACUUCACCGUCACGGCCAAGAACGAGGAGCGCGGCCUGCCCAACGCCUCCUACCUCAAGCACGUGGUCGUCGACAUCGCGGGCCACCGCAUCACCCUGCAGAAGAGCCACCGCGUGCUGAUCAACGGGAAGCGAACCAAGACCCCGAUCAUUGGUGCGGUGCCCGGGGUGCAGAUCGGCAUGCAAGGGAGCUACGUGCUCGUCGUGACGGACUUUGGGCUGGAGGUCAAAUUUGACGGCGUUCAUCACCUUGCGAUUUCCAUACCGAGCACUUACUCCCGCAAGGUCUGUGGCAUGUGCGGCAAUUACAACGGGAAUCUCAACGACGACGACCUGAUGCCCAACGGGGAACCGGCGCCCAGCACCGCGCUACUCGGCGACAGCUGGAGGGCCGUGGGCGACACGGACGCCGGGUGCCAGCCGGCCGCAACUCCUGACGGAUGCGAUGCAGCCGACGAGGAACUCUACGGGAGGAUGUGCAAAAUCAUCGUCUCCUCCUCUGGACCCUUUGCCAGCUGCCACGACGUCGUUGAUCCGGCCAUCUUCUUCCAGUCGUGCGUCUUCGACGUGUGUCAGUACGGCGGCAUGGAGAGCACGCUGUGCCACAUCCUGCAGGCCUACGCGGAGGCCUGUCGCGCCGAGAACAUCGACGUCCUGUGGCGCAACGAAACCUUCUGCCCGCCGUCGUGCCCGCCGAACACCCACUACACGCCGUGCGCCUCGCCCUGCCCGGCCACUUGCUCGGACAUCGACGCCGUAGCCAGCUGCCAGAGCGCGGCUCGGUGCUCUGAGGGCUGCGUCUGCGACCAGGGCUUCGUGCUUAGUGACGAUCUCUGCGUGUCGCUGGAAGCCUGCGGCUGCCGGGACGACGAAAACAACUACCACUCGUUUGGGGAGUCGUGGCUCACGGACGACUGCGGUGCGAGCUGCACGUGCGAGGCGUUGGGCGCGGUGCGGUGCUCUACGCACGGCUGCACCAUGGGCGAAACCUGCGAGCUCAAGGACGGGAAUUACAUCUGCAAACCGAUCGGCUACGGGACGUGCACGGUCUCCGGAGACCCCCACUACCAGUCGUUCGACGGGCGCCUCUACCACUUCAUGGGCGAGGAGACGUACGUGCUGGCGCAGAGCUGCGGCGGGGACGACGGGGGCCUGGCGCGGGUGCGCGUGCACGGGCGCAACGAGCGGCGCGGGAACCAGGCGGUGUCGUACCUGGCCGAGGUGCGCGUCUUCGUGCUGGGACACGAUGUCCGCUUCACCAAGAGGAACGACUUCCAGGUGGACGGCGUGAGGAUGAAGCCGCCGGCGACCCCCGCGGAGGGACUGCACAUCCAGCAGUCCUCUCACAAGUUCAUCCUCAGGACCGACUCCGGCCUCACCGUGACCUUUGACCGCAAGGAGCACGCAGAUGUGGUCAUGCCCAGCUCUUACAUGAGCCGGCUGUGCGGCCUGUGCGGCAAUUACAACGGAAACGCCAGCGAUGAUUUGGCGACUCCCGACGGGCAGCUGGCUGCGAGCAUGGACGAGUUUGGCCACAGCUGGAGGGUUGGCGACGAUGCUCGCCACGCUCCUGCGAGGUCGAACGAGCAAAGGGUGUUCAGGAGGGAAGCACCUUCCUGGAUGCAGGAGGACUUCGCUGACCUGUCCUGCGAUGCCGGCCAGCUGGCAGAGCUGCUGGGCGCCACCGCGUGUGGGAUUAUGAAGGAGGCCGAGGGGCCCUUUUGGCAAUGCCUCGACGAGGUUCCCCCUGCUCACUACUUCACGAACUGCUUGUACGACAUGUGCGAAAACAUCGGAGACCGAGAGACAUUCUGCAGCAGCCUGGAGGUUUACGCGGCAGCCUGCCAGCAGCAGAGCAUCACUCCCAGGAGCUGGAGGAAUGUCACGGGAUGCGAACCGGCGUGCCCUGCAAACAGCGUCUACGUCGAGCGCAUGUCCGCCUGCCCAUCCACCUGCGGGGACUUGGCCGCUUCUUCGAACUGCGAGCUCCCCGACGUGGAGGGCUGCCAGUGCUUGCCCGGGUUCGUGAUGAGCGGCUUCGACUGCGUCCCCUUCACCCAGUGCGGCUGCCUCUAUGAGAACUCCUACCGCGAGGCUGGAGAGACGUUUUACACAUCCGGCUGCAACAAGAACUGCACGUGCAUGAAAGCAAACUUGGUGCAGUGCAUGGACACGAGCUGCGGCGCCAAUGAACUCUGCACCGUUGGCGAUUUUACCAUCGGCUGCUUUGCCGAUGAUCCGUGCGCUCACGUAACCUGUGAGAAUGGAGGCGCCUGCUCAUCGUUGAGUGGACAGCAGGUCACGUGCCAGUGUCCCCCCCCCAUUCACAGGCGACCGUUGCGAGAGCACAAUGAGCCCAGCGAGCACAGCGAGCCCAGGUGAUCUGUGUGCUGCUUGGAACCCAUGCUUGAACGGAGGAAGCUGCACAGAAGUAGGUGGACAAAUUCACUGUCGCUGCCCCGACUCCUACACUGGAGACCGAUGUGAAACCAAAGAUGUGACGGUGACGAUCAUCAUCGCGGUGGUGUGCAGCGUGGGUGGAGUCCUGAUCGUCGUUGUCGUCACCGUCGUUUUGGUCAAGUACUUCCGAAACAGG